CACGGAGUCAAGCUCCAGCCGGACUACCCGGAGUGCUACCACAGUACUAGCGGCGGGAAGGGUAGUACUAGUUUGAAGAAGAAGUCGAUUUUCUGGGAAUUUCCAAAGCUCUACGAGUGCUACAAGAAGCUGGUGCACGAAAUUUCCACGGGCGAAAAAGCGGAAAAAAUCGGCGGCGGAGUGGUGGUAUUGAUUUAUUUCGUAUACUACGUGUAAAUCGUGAACGAGCUCCCGUUCCGCAUGUAAGGUAGGUGUGAGUUUGGCUUUCGUGCUGAGUUGUGUAGCAUGAUGACCAGGUCCAGGUCGAGAAAUUGGCUGUAUGAAAUGGAAACACCACCAAGCACCAUCAUGACAAAUCAAAUCUACGUAUAUUGAAAAAUCCCCAGUCCACCGUGGCUUUGGUGGUGAAAGAGCUCGCGUUCGUCCACUCAGAAACCCCGUUGCAUAUUGCGGUCCGCUAUCAAAUGUAAAAAUGUCUGGGUCUGGAAGAGUCGGGGCUUGUCAUGCACAUUUAGCAUCACCCGUGAAGGUCUGUGAUGCUGGUGCUAGCAUCACAGAUGUUUUGAGAGCUUCUUGAUGCUAAUUACGCAUGAGAAAUGCCCUCUCCGCGUACCAAGGACUGACUCCUCUUGCUGCUCAUGCAACACAGAUAUUUGUAGAAUCCGCUGACAGCAUUACAAGUUCGGAUUCUUCCAGACCCAGACAUUUUUGCAUUUGGUAUCCGCGAGCAAAAUUUCGACAUGCUCAAACUCUUGCUCCGCCUGCACUGCUCCCCAGACUUCACAAACAACCCGCUUGCCCACCUGUUUCUGGU